CUUUGUCCUCCUUCCGCAAAGCUGGUGAUCAAUCUGCACACUUCACUCCCCACUUCCCUCCCCUCUGUGGUCACGUGACAGAUACAUCUCAGUCUGUCCCCAGACUUUCUGCACCCUCACACCGACCACAGUGUUUCUGGAUCCUGGACAAGGUUCACCUGACACCUACAGCGCCUUUCAGGUGUCCUCGACAGCAGCGCUCUAAAUAUUUUCUUCAAACUAAGGAUAAAAGCCGACUGGACUGACUCCAUUUUGCAGUGUCCUUGCCGGAAAAACUAUUUUGAAAACGAGACUGAAGAUGGCUUCCAAUCCGGCGAAGAAAAUUCUUGUCAUAGGCGCGGGCUGCAGUGGUCUGACGGCGAUCAAGGCCUGCCUGGAAGAGAGUCAAAUCCCAGUUUGUUUCGAGAAGACUUUGGACAUCGGGGGUUUGUGGCGUUACUCAGAUGACCCUUCACCUUCUAACACGGCCGGCAUCUACCGCAGCCUCGUCAUCAACACCUGCAAGGAGAUGCUAGCGUUCAGCGACUUCCCCGUGCCGGACGAUCUGCCGCAGUUCCUAACCCACGACAAGAUGCUCCUUUACUUCCGUUUGUACGCGGAGCGCUUUGACCUCCUGCGUCACAUCCGCUUCAAUACCGAGGUGCGGCACGUGCGAAAGAGCGACGACCACGUGGUGUCGGGUCGGUGGACUGUGACAUACAUCCAGCAUGAAAGCAGUGACUGCGUCAUGAAAUGCCGCAAUGUCCAGAAGGUCCAGAAGGUCGAGGGUCACGACACAGAAUCAGGUCGCGAUGAUCUCGAGGCCAGCGAUGUCUCAGGCGAGCGAGAAAGAGAAAAUAAAGGGAACGACCAGAGGGAGGAGCGUCCGGGACUAACAGGGAGACUAGUAGGAAUUAAGGACGAGGACUUUUCGUUACCACGGUUUUGCCGAGUGAUGAUAGAGGACUUCGAUGGGGUCAUGAUAUGCACGGGGCAUCAUACUGUUCCUUAUUUGCCUUCUUUUCCCGGCGCAGAAGUCUUCCGGGGUCGUAUCUUGCACUCUCAGGAGUACAAGGUCCCCGAGCACUUCCAGGGUCAACGGGUGCUCGUUGUUGGAAUUGGCAACUCUGCAGUCGACAUUGCCUCUGACCUGGCCAAAACUGCCCAAAAGGUGUUCUUGAGCACUCGUAGGGGCUCCUGGAUCGUCCCGCGCACUGCCUUGUGGGGAAUACCCGCCGACAUGCUGGCCAACAGUCGGGCCGUCUUCAGCCUACCCGCCAGGUUCUUGGAGUGGUGCGUGGAGAAACAAGCCAACCUGCGCAUGGACCAUCAACUUCUGGGCCUGAAGCCCAGACACGGAUUGCUGGGUGCACACCCGACCAUUAACGACGAGAUUCCAUUUCACCUGAUGAAUGGGAGAGUGCAGGUUCGUCCCGACGUGGCUCAGAUCCAUCCUCAAUCUGUUCAGUUCCAAGACGGCACGACGGAAGUGGUCGAUGCUAUUAUUAUGGCCACCGGAUACGACUACCGGUUAGAUUUUAUCGACCCGGAAGUGAUCCGAAUAGAGCAGAACCAGGUGGACCUGUACCUGUAUGUCUUUCCUCCUCAUCUUCCACACCCAACGCUGGCUGUCAUCGGCUUGGUGCAGGCGAUCGGGGCAGUGAUGCCCAUCUCUGAGAUACAGAGCCGCUGGUUCGUCCGUGUGAUGCUCGGUCGAGUCCAACUGCCACCCAGAGAAAAAAUGGAGGAAGACGUAGCGAAGAAGCAGAAGGACAUGGACACCAAGUACUACCAGUCGCGCAGACACACCUUACAGACCUUCUGGAUCGACUACAUGGACCAGGUAGCAUUGCACCUAGGAGUCAAGCCCAACAUAGGAUGCUUGUUCUUCACUGACCCAGAACUGGCCAUCAAGUGCUACCUGGGUCCUUGCCUGCCGGCGCAGUACCGCCUGCAAGGUCCGCACACCUGGCAGCACGCUGCGAGCUUCAUCAAGGGCACCAUGACCCGCACCUUUCGCCGCCACCCACAAGUUCAAGCUCGAAGUGACGAUUCCAGUAGCGACAACAGCAACCAGCUUCACAGCAGCAGCAAAAGGCGACGGGGUGAGGCCGUCCCUCCGCAUGAUGACGUUAAUAACGUCAUGACAACCGCCAAGGAGAGUGGCUCUCCUAAACUACGUCCCCACUUGGUUUCGGAAUCUUCGCCUUUGAAGUUUGCCGCGGGGUGGCUCUGCGAUCUGCUGAAGAUGUCCCGACUACCAGCAUCUCUCCUGCUGCUUUCUCUCUGCGUUGUCGCGUCGCUGUGGUGGAUGGCAUCAAACUGAAACUCGUCAGGUGAUGUCAUGAACUCAGAGUCUGUGACCUGCAACUUUCCUCAAAAUUCCAACAGAGUUAAAUUUCGCUGGUGGUUUCAUUCUAGAUAGGUCAAAAGUGUAUGCACAUAUCAUCAGGUUGUAAAUAUAAAAGCGUUAACUACGCCCAGAUAUAAUCCAAAAGAUGUGCAUCCAUCAGCGACAAACGGGAUGUGAGAAUAAGGGGAAACAAUCGAAGAUUUUACAUUCUACUUAAAGCCAAAUUCUUGUCUCCCUUGUGUCGCGUUGCCUACUCCAGCAUAAAACAUGUACGUCGGACGAAUAAAAAAGCUAAUUUUUUUUUUUUUUUUUUUGGGUGAAUAAAAUAUAUCUGGCUUCAUCUUUGUGGGUGGGUGGGAGUGUAUACUCUGUGAGAAUAAUGGCGCUGGGUGGGAGUGGAGACGGAAGUUUUGCUCCAGCUUCUUCAUGGUCCCUCCCGUUUGUCACGGACCAGUCCUUGCCUGUUUUUAGGUUAGUUUAACCCCUUCGCUACUUAUGAAGUGCAAAAGUAGAUAUGCAAUUGAGAAUGAAUGAGAAUUUCAGGGGGAAAAGGGUUAACUGUGAUACGGAGUAUUAGGUGAACACUGUUCAGCCGUAGAAUUUUCGGCGGGAACGAGGUUGGAAAAGUACUCAGCCCGGAAUAACUAUUCAUAACACUGCGCUAGUCAGACGCCGAACUGUAUGGUUACAAGCAACUGAUAUUUUGAAGAGGUACUGAAAGCUUAGGGAGGUGUUGGUGAGUCAGUACUGACACGUGGUUAGGAACUGAUACAUCGACGACUAGAACACUGGGAACUAUUGUAAACUAUGAACUGAGACAUUGAUAAGUAAAUAAUAGAUAAGUUAACAUAUGGUAAUACGAUUAUCUUAGAUGGUUUUCACCAUCUUCCCUAAAGAACUGUGUUGAGACAUUUUUGUAUGAAUAUACUUAUCUGUGUUCUAUUUCAUAAAAUCCUGAGCAACUUUAUAACAUGAUGUGGACAGCCUCAGGCGAUCGUUGUGUGUUGAAAGAACGCGUAUGCACGUGUGUGUGUGUGUUGCUCUGGUGAGAGCCGGCGUCCGUGUAGGAAUUGCAUUACAAAGUGAACCCAUGCAUGCGACAAAUACAUAGGUAAUUUGAUAAAUCAGUAUACGCCGUGUUCUUCCUCAGCACUAUCAAGUGUAGAAAGGCCUCUCCAAACCAUGAGGAAUAAACAUUUUAUCUCCCACCACCAGCCUCCCCAAAGACUUGCGCGUUACCAAGUUAAACGUUUUUAAUAUUCCUGAUAGGUGUGGCGUAAAUGAGGAGCCCACAGGCACCUCAACAUCUUGUCCGACCUAUUGACAUGGGGAAGCUAACAGCGACUUUUCUCCGGUUUUCAGAAGCAUACCGACCGGAUUAAAUACAGAAAUUUCAACCAUCAACAAUAAAUUAACAGAAUGUCUUUGUUGUCAGUCUUCAUACUUUCAUCGAGACAGCAACAAUCACAGAACGCUCUUUUGCGCUAUUCCCGAUGCACUUAAAAUUCUCUCCUGCAGUCUGCACAGCCAGAAAACUGGUUACUAAGUUAGAAUCUUGGAGACUGCUGGGUUGUCUUCAGCAUUUGCAUGAUCCAAAAAAAAAGUGAAAGGCAGCACAACCAGCAACGUCUUUUAAUUUUUGAAGACUGCCACAUCUUACCUGCUUCUUCUCCACUGUACAACAUGUAAGUUGCACAAAAAUUGCAACAACCGCAUGUAAGUUGUCCCAAAUCAUUCCACACAGUCACUGUACAAUAAGCUUAGUCUUGGGAAGAUCUCUCUACACAGUCAUUGAAAUGUUUGCAGUGUUUGGAGAUCUCUCUAAACAGUUGUUGAACUGUAAGUAGUGUUCCCUGAUAGUAAGCCCUACACCUCC